GGUUUAUGCGGCACUGUACACUAACACGUGGAUGUUGAAGAAGAAGCAGAAUUGCUGAAAUUAAUAUUGAAAAUCAGUUUCUCCCACGUUUCUCGAUCUCUGUGUAGACCCAGUCCGUCAAAAUGGUGAAGCCACGGUUUAAGGGGAAAAGUACGAUAAAUCCCUCGUCCUCCAGCUCUAACCCAGAUCGACCGAAGGGGGCUGGAGGGAACAAUAUGCGGGACCGGGCGACCAUCAAACGUCUGAACAUGUACAGACAGAAACAGCGCUGUAACAGCCGAGGGAAGGUGGUCAAACCUUUGCAGUACCAGUCAACUGUGGCCCCGGGGACGGUGGCGAGGGUGGAGCCCAACAUCAAGUGGUUUGCCAACACCCGCGUGAUCAAGCAGUCGUCUCUGCAGAAGUUCCAGGAGGAGAUGGGCGCUGUGGUGAAGGACCCGUACCGCGUGGUGAUGCGGCAGAGCAAGCUGCCCAUGUCCCUCCUGCACGACAGAGUCAAGGCCCACAACUCGAAGGUGCACAUCCUGGACACAGAGACGUUCGAGACCACGUUCGGGCCCAAGGCGCAGAGGAAGAGGCCCAACCUCAGCGCGGGGGACAUGAGGGACCUGGCGGAGAGGGCUGAGGCCGACGCCCAGAGCUACAGCGCCGACCGGGACCGUGACCUGGUGACCGAGGACAGCGGUGUGCGGGAUGAGGCCCGGGAGGAGAUCUUCAAGAAGGGCCAGUCUAAGCGGAUCUGGGGAGAGCUCUAUAAGGUUAUCGACUCCUCGGACGUGAUCAUCCAGGUGCUGGAUGCUCGAGACCCGAUGGGCACGCGCUCCCAGAGUAUCGAGGCCUACCUGAAGAAGGAGAAGCCCUGGAAGCACCUCAUCUUCGUGCUCAACAAGUGUGACCUCAUACCCACCUGGGUCACAAAGCGCUGGGUGGCCGUGCUGUCCCAGGAGUACCCCACCCUGGCCUUCCACGCCAGCCUCACCAACUCCUUCGGCAAGGGCUCCCUGAUUCAGCUCCUGCGCCAGUUUGGAAAGCUUCACACUGACAAGAAGCAGAUCAGCGUGGGCUUCAUCGGGUACCCCAACGUGGGCAAGAGCUCCAUCAUCAACACCCUGCGGUCCAAAAAGGUCUGCAAUGUGGCCCCCCUCGCAGGGGAGACCAAGGUGUGGCAGUACAUCACACUGAUGCGACGGAUUUUCUUGAUUGACUGUCCUGGUGUUGUCUACCCCUCUGAUGACAGCGAGACCGACAUCGUCCUGAAAGGAGUGGUCCAAGUGGAGAAGAUCAAGAACCCGGAGGAGCACAUCGGAGCGGUCCUGGAACGGGCCAAGCCGGAGUACAUCCGGAAAACCUACCGCGUACCGGCCUGGACCUCGGCCGAGGACUUCCUGGAAAAGCUGGCAUUCCGUACGGGAAAACUCCUAAAGGGGGGCGAGCCUGACCUCCCCACCGUCUCCAAAAUGGUGCUGAACGACUGGCAGAGAGGACGCAUCCCCUUCUUCGUCAAGCCCCCGGUCACCGAGACGGAUGAGGAGCGGCAGGGGAGGCUGGAGGCAGCAGCGGUGACACAGGAAGCAGGCCACGCCCUCUGUGACGGAAAGCCGGAGGAGCUGAGGGACGAGGUGGCUGGCCUGGACGAAGAGAAGGCCGACCAGCUCAGGCAGAAGGAUGAGCAAGUGCAGAAAAUCCUCACCAACGUAAGGCAGAACUUCGGUAAAAUCAACGUAGCACCCGAGUUCACGGACGAGGACCUGGUGCCCGUGGAGGUGUCAGACAUCUCUGACCUUUCGGGGUCCGAAGAAGAGGAGGAGCAAGAUGAGGGGAAUGAAGAGGAAGAGGAGGAGGUGGAGGAGGAAGAGCAAAAAGGAGACGAGCCAGAGUCCCCGUCGGCUCCCCCCUCCACGGCCGAGGGCAAAAGUUCACGCGAGGUUAUCCAGGCCUUGGAUGAGAAGAUCGCCAAGUACAAGCAGUUCCUGGACCGUGCCAAGUCCAAGAGAUUCUCUGCCAUCCGAAUUCCCAAGGCUCUCUCUGAGAAGAUGUGCGCACAAACAGAGAAAAAGCAGCCGGCAUCCACACAACCACAAACAAAAGCGAUCACAGAGACCGGCAGGAAGAGGAAGGCUGAAGACGAUGACGAACAGGAGCCUCAGACCAAACUAACAUCAAAACAGAGGAGAAGACUGGAGCGAGCCCAGAGGGUGAAGAAGGUGGGGGUGCGCUAUUACGAAACGCACAAUGUCAAAAACAAGAACAAGAACAGAAAGAAGCCCAGGGGUGGCGACGGCAAGAAGACAAUGAAGUCCAAGCGCUAACCGGGAGGCCAGCGGCUGCCUGAAACAGAUUGUCCUUCCAGUGGCCUUUUCGGCUAUGACACACUGCACGUUAUGUCUGCAGACGUGACUGGUAAUUUAUGAAGUGAACUGUACAAUGCCUUAACAACCGAGAGUGUUCAGGGACGGAGUGACUGGAUGAGAUGGUGUUUAUGUGUCUGGAAGUAUUCACAGUAAUAAUGAUUGUUAAUAAUAUUCCAAAUGAAUGGGUAUGUGUGGACAUGAACUCAACAAUGCAACUCGUACAAUAAAAAUAAUGACCACA